AUGGCGUCAGGCUCAUCAGUCAGUCGGGUGGCAAGAUUUCAGACGGGCUGGAUAAGAUUUCUACCGUUCUUGGGAUACCAUCAUGUACUCAUGAUACUGAUUGCAAUUGCCAUCAUAUUGCUCUCCCUGUUAUUAGCAGGAUGCUCGUCAUCAUCCCCCCUCAUACCAGACAUCUUCCUCAUAUCACUGUACUACAAAUCAUACUCGCCAGUACCGUCAACCGCACAGGUCGACUUCAACGUCCAUAAUGCAAUAGCAAACAUAGCCGGCCCUGCGAUAUUAGCAGCAAGAGUCGGCUACUUUGGUAUCUGCAUCAAUCCAGAUGGCGGAUCAUGGCUGUGUAGCAACAACGCAACGGCAUUGGCGAACGAGAUCUCCCUAAACCAAGAUCCCCUGAAUUUGAUCUGGCUCGCAAGUCAAUUCAAGGAUAUGAUCGUGUUCCCAUACUUAAUCAUCAUCGCCAUCAUAUUCGCAUUCAUAUGCCUCCUGCUCCUCGCAACUUUCCCAGGGUGGCAUGAGGAAGAAGAUGCCGAGGGCAGUGAACGAGAAGUCAAACCAUUCCCAUCUCGACCUGUCUCGCAAAUCGCGCUCGCCAUCAUAUUCAUCGCAUCAAUAUUCGUGCUUGUCUCCGUCCUCUGGCAGCACACGGCGUCGGUGGCAGCCUCGAUCAUCGCUCAAGACUUCGGCAAUGGCAGCGUCCUAAGUGGGGUCGGAACAACAGCGAUGGUACUUGGUUGGUUCAGCUUCGCAUUGUUGAUCGUCGUUACCAUCGGCCUCUUGGUUAUGAUAUUAAGUAUCCGGGUUCUGAGCGAGACAUUUGGAUAG